CUGGGAGGGUAAUGAAAGCGAUUCCCAUUCCUGUUGUAUACGUAAUCUUGACGAUUAGCAUUCAGAGAGUGGCUUUGGAACUCAAAAGUCUUUAAUUUCCAUAUACGCACAUGCUCCAAAGUUUGUUUGACGAGUUAAUUUUUAAAUGUUAUAAGAAAUCAUUAAUUGGUUAUAUAUGGAUACUGGAGAGUCGUGCAACUCCUAUUGGUUACAAGGCCCGAGAUUGCCGUAUCUGAGUCCAAAAAAAUUGUGUUAAGUCACUCAGGUUCUAGGUUUGUCUGUAUCUCCACCGAGAUCAAUGGAGAAGAAAGUUGAUAAGAAGUUCACUUGGGUGAUAAAGGAUUUCUCUUCUUUGAAAUCUGAGAAAAUAUUUUCAGAUAAAUUUGUCGUCAGUGGCUGCAAAUGGUACAUUAGUGCAUAUCCCAAAGGAUACAAGGUUGAUAACUUUCUGUCAGUGUAUCUGGAAGUCCCCGAUUGUGGAUCAUUGCCAUCUGGAUGGAGAAGACACGCACGAUAUCGCCUCAUUGUUGUAAAUCAACGUUCUGAGAAACUCUCCCGGCAACUUGAAGUACAACACUGGUUUGAUGUGACGUCUAACAACUGGGGCUUUCCAUCCAUGCUUUCCCUUGAUGAAAUUAAUGCCAAAGAUAGCGGGUUUCUGGUAAAAGGGGAGCUCAAGAUUGCUAUCGAGAUAGAUCUUCUUGAAAUUAUUGGCAAAGUAGAGGUUAAUGGGUUUCAUCUUCUUUCUUCACAGGUGGAAAACGUAAGCCGUAUGUUUGAAAAACACCCAAAGACUGCUUCUGAAGUCCAUCUAAAGAACCCUAAUAUUAGGACAGGUUACAUGAAUUUGCUACUUUGCCUGAUUGAUACUUUGCGCCAGUCGCCUCAAGAGCUCCCCAACGAUGAUCUGGACGAGGCUCAUUAUGCACUGGAAUCAUUGACUGAUGCUGGAUUUAAUUUGGAUUGGUUGGAGAAGAAAAUCUCUCAAGUUUCAGAAAUGAAGGAGAAAGCGAAAGAUGGUGAAAUUCGUAGGCAAGAGAUUGAGAUAGAGUUGAAAGAUUUGAACCAGAAGUGCUCAGACGUGGAGGCUCAACUGGGGAAGGAGAAGUCAAUGGCGCUGGCUGCAAAAACUCCAUUCUCAUUUGAUGAUAUUAUUGAAUAAUCUGAAGCCAUUAGACACUCGAAGUUAUGUUCUUAUUUGAUGUUAGGCGAAGCUCUGCUUCUUAGCAUAUGCUCCGUUGUACUUGUAUCACUGAAAAAGUCUUUUGUUUAAUCUUUCUAUGUGCUUACUUGCGAAUCAAGUAACAAAUAUGCUUCAGUUUGUAUUAUUAUUUAUUUUGAAAAUGCCUCUUUUU